AAGUUUGAAACUUUAUCAUAUAUUGACUUGUCUUGUUGCUCUCUAGAGUGCAAUCAUACCAUUGAAUACAUUUUAGGAUUCGUUUUCAGAUGGUUUAAGAUAUAAUCACUCUGAACGCAAAUGCAAAUUAGAAUGUAUUUUGAUCCAAGCAUUUCUACAUGUACUGCUUUGAUCUGAAUCGAAAAGAGCAAGUCAUGGUUACUCCCUCAAUAAUCGCCACUAAGAAGAGUAACAGCUUCUUUGACUUUUGGAAGCAUUUAUCACAUAGAGAUUAAAUCAUUCACCAACUACCACUGCAGUCCACACAAAAAAAAAGCUUAAAUAGAUUAACCAAAAAAGCACAAGAAAACUAAAUGCAGAAAGAGAGGAAAAGAGACAAAUGAAGCAACUGGCUCCAAUCUUGGCCGUGGUAAACUUGAUCCUCCUGGUUCAUGGAGACGAGAGAUCAGCGGUUGGAGAUCCUGGGAUGAAGAGAGACGGUCUCAGAGUGGCAUUUGAAGCUUGGAACUUCUGCAAUGAGGUUGGCUUCGAAGCUCCUCACAUGGGUAGUCCUCGAGCUGCAGAUUGCUUCGAUUUGUCAUCUAAAUGCAUCAAAGCAUACACAGAAGACCAAUCAAACAAAACCACCAGUGGAUCUUCCUUGGUGCACAAGGUAUCAGACUCGGAUAAUGAGCUAGGGAUUGGAAAGCCUAAACCAGGAAUCAUAUCAGAAUCAGCAUUGCAUAACCCUGACCUUUACGCGGUCGAGAAAGAACUCUACCUAGGCUCCCUCUGUCAAGUCUCAGACAAACCAAACCCAUGGAGUUUCUGGAUGGUCAUGCUCAAAAAUGGAAACUACGACACAAAAUCUGCUCUUUGCCCUAAAAACGGCAAAAAGAUCCCACCUUUCAAUCAACCCGGAUUAUUCCCCUGUUUCGGCAGCGGUUGUAUGAACCAACCGACGCUGAACCACGGAAAAACCGAGCUUCAGAGAGAUGGUCAAACCAUGAAGGGAUGGUUCAAUGGUACGUACGAGCAAGGGGCAGAUUUUGGAAAUGGGUUGGAUGGGAUAAGUUAUUACGAGGUUGUGUGGGAGAAGAGAGUAGGCGUUGGUGGUUGGGUAUUUAAACAUAAGCUUAAGACUUCAGCUAAGUACCCAUGGCUUAUGCUUUACCUUAGAGCUGAUGCCACUAAAGGAUUCUCUGGUGGAUACCAUUAUGACACUAGAGGAAUGCUCAAAACACUUCCGGAGUCACCAAACUUUAAAGUGAGACUAACACUAAAUGUAAAACAAGGAGGCGGAGCCAAGAGUCAAUUCUAUCUUCUCGACAUCGGAAGCUGCUGGAAAAACAACGGCAAGCCCUGCGACGGUGACGUAACCACCGACGUUACUCGUUACUCGGAGAUGAUCAUAAACCCUGAAACCCCACUUUGGUGCAACCCCAAGAGUCUUCACAACUGUCCACCGUACCACACGUUUCGGAACGGCACCAGAGUUCACCGUACGGACCACCGGAGCUUCCCUUACGAGGCUUACCACGUUUACUGUGCGCCGGGAAACGCCGAGCAUCUUGAGCUUCCGGUGGGGACUUGUGAUGCUUAUAGUAACCCACAAGCUCAGGAGAUUCUUCAGCUUUUGCCUCACCCGGUUUGGGGUGAAUAUGGAUAUCCUACCCGGUUGGGUGAUGGUUGGGUGGGUGACCCGAGAACUUGGGAUCUUGAUGUUGGUGGCUUGUCCAGUAGGCUUUUCUUCUACCAGGUGAUUGAUUGAUCAGUAAACCGGUUGGUUUUUCUGUUGUUUCUUUUGAAUAUUCCGGUUUUGGUUUUUGAUUUGUUUAUGUUGUAGGAUCCCGGUACGAUUCCAGCGAGGAGGAUUUGGACAUCGGUGGAUGUUGGCACCGAGAUUUAUAAAGAAGAUGAAGCAAUUGCAGAAUGGGAUCUCUCUGAUUUCGAUGUUCUUAUUACUUGAUUUAAGUCAAUUUUAUAAUAUUUGUUUUUUUUUGUCGUCAAGUCAAUUUUAUAAUAUAAGAUUCACAACUAAUUUAUAUUCAUUUGGUACAAUUAUUUUAUCAAAAUAUGCA